UGCCUCAAGAAGCAAACAACUAACGAAAAACCAGUAGAGAAGCGGAAAAUAUUUUCAAUCUGCAUGCAAAGCCGUGCAUUUAUUCAUGUGUUCUAUGAGAGACGACUGCCCGUGACGCAGUUCAAGUGAAUACUUGUAUUUCCGAGUGUAUAAAUUUACUAAAACAAAAAACUUAUUAAAAGUUGUGCCAAAAACUAUAAACAAACACGUGCGCCUAAAAAUAAAUUGCUUGUGUUAAAAAUCAGCAACAGCCGUAACAACAGCUACGAUACAAAAAAAAAUCAACAGCAGGAAAAGAAAACAUAACCCAAGAUGAAUCAAACGUGCAAAGUGUGCGGUGAGCCAGCGGCUGGCUUUCACUUUGGUGCCUUCACCUGCGAGGGUUGCAAGUCCUUCUUCGGCCGCUCCUACAACAAUCUCAGCUCGAUUAGCGAGUGCAAGAACAAUGGCAAAUGCAUCAUUGACAAGAAGAACCGCACCACCUGCAAGGCCUGCCGUCUACGCAAAUGCUACACUGUGGGCAUGUCCAAGGGUGGCUCGCGGUAUGGCCGUCGCUCCAAUUGGUUCAAGAUCCAUUGUUUGCUGCAGGAAAAGCAUCAGCAGAGUGUGGAGGCGGCGGGCAAGAUGAAUGGCGGCGAUGGUAAUUCCCCUACAGCGGUCUCACCACUGGGUGGUGGUGGUUUUGGCGAUAUGGCCGCUGCGGCAGCUGCUCAUCUCCAGCAACAACAACAGCGUCAUCCACACAUGUCUCUACUGGGAUAUCCGAGCUAUUUGCCCGAGCCGUUCGCCAGACAUCCAGCCGAUGCUGCCGCCGCCGCUGCCUUACCCUUCUUCAGCAUGAUGAACUCGCUGCCCAGCAUGGCUGCUGCGCCACAAUCCGCCUUCCAGCUGCCGCCACAUCUACUCUUCCCGGGCUAUCAUUCGAGCGCAGCGGCUGCGGCUGCGGAUGCCGCCUAUCGUCAGGAGAUGUAUAAACAUCGCCAGUCCGUGGAUUCGGCUGCCUCAGCGGAGUCCCAGCGUUUCACGCCACCUGCUCGUGCGCCCUCCUCGGCCCGUCAAACACCCAUCGAGGUGUGCUUGGGUGGCGACGAGGAAGUCCAGUCCGUGCACUCCUCCCAUUCCCACAGCCAAUCGCCGGCUCAGCUAACACCCAGCCACACCAUACACAAUCCCAUUGCCAUACGUGCCACGCCCCCUCAACAGCAGCACCAGCAACAGCAAUCCGUGCACAACAGUCCGCUGCACAGUGUGUCGCCACAGCCACAGCCACAGCCACAGCCCAAUAGCACCCCGCUCUCCUUUGCCGCUAAGAUGCAGUCUCUGUCGCCCGUCUCUGUCUGCUCGAUCAGCGCUGAGACAGCGGCGUCCACGCCCACACCCGCCGCCGCUGCCGCUGCUGCUGCUGCACUGGCUCAGGACUGUCCUAUGGACCUGAGCAUGAAGACUUCGCGCAGUUCCGUGCACAGUUUCAACGACAGCGAUGCCUCCAGCUUGGACGACCAGGAGGCGCGCAGCGAUGGUCGCCGCAAGUUUUAUCAGCUUGAGGCGGAGUCCAACUCCACCUGCUCCUCCUCGGUGUCUUCGUCCGAGCACGAGGCUGUCAAGCGGCAAAAACUGAACGCCAUUGGCGAGGCCAGCGCCAGUCCGUUCGGGCCUGCCCGCAGCGGCUUCGCCGUGGCCCACAAUGCGGCGAGCGCCAUGCGCGGCAUCUUUGUGUGUGUCUGA